AUGGCGAAAUUAUCAUCAUCUGUACCGCGUCUUGCACUAAGCGUGCGUGGAGCUCUACGGCCCAUACAGCGCAACCAUGCGAGAUGUUUCUCGGCCGCCACAAGGUAUCGAACGGAUGGUGUUUACCGAGAAUUGACGGCGAUGCGAACGCGAACUCCCUUCAUUGAGGCAUUCAGGAAGCAACAAGAAGAUGCAAAUGGGUCGAAGCCGGUGUCGACGGAGAAGGUCGAGAGAGACAGGAGCCCCAAAACCAUGUCUGAUAGUUUCCAUCGAGUGAUUUUACCAUUGGCUCGAGACCCGUGGCUUUUGGAUUCUUACAUUACCUCUUCCGGGCAUAUCCGACUCGGUACUAUCUUCAUGGAUCUAGAUGCUCUGGCCGGUGUUGUUGCAUACAAGCAUACAGGCCCCUCGGUGAUGACAGUUACUGCUGCGGUUGAUCGUAUAACUCUGCGACGUCCGCUGAGUCAAAUCUGCGAUUUGGAGCUCAGUGGCAAGGUGACCUUUGCAACGGGACGGAGUAGUAUGGAGGUGUCGCUGCAGGUUGCAAAGGCACCCGAGGAAGGCAAGCCGGUCGAGGAUAGUGAUAUCUUGAUGACUUGUGCUUUCACCAUGGUAUCACUGGAUCCAGCUACAAGGAAGCCUGUCUCAAUCAGUCCUCUUAUCACAAGGACUCCUGAGGAAAAGAAGCUCUUCCAAGAGGGGGAAGCGAACUACAACUUGAAGAAAGCCGAAUCAAAGAAGGCCCUCCGGAAACAAGCGCCAAACGAUGAAGAGUCUGAUUUGAUCCAUACUCUCUGGCUCAAGCAAACUGACUACCACGACCCCAACACCAGCGCCCGAAAGCCCGACAACGCUCUCUGGAUGGGAUCCACCCAAAUCCAAAGCGUGAUGAUCAUGCAGCCGCAAUACCGCAAUCGCCACAACUUCAUGAUCUUCGGCGGUUUCCUCCUGAAAUCCACCUUCGAGUUAGCAUUCACGUGCGCCUCUGCCAUCUCGCACAGCCGGCCCACGUUCAUCGCGCUCGACCCCUCGACCUUCGAGAACCCCGUGCCCGUCGGCUCCGUGCUGUAUCUGACGGCAACGGUGGCCUACACGGACUCGCCGAUCGUGUCCUCGGGCGACGGCGACGCGAAGGUCUCGCCCGAAGGCAGCACGCGCAUCCAAGUGCGCGUCGACUCCAAGAUCCGCGACGUCGCGCACGGCGAGACGAAGCCGACGGGCCAGUUCAAUUACACGUUUGAGGUGAAGAAGGAUAUCAAGAUCAUCCCGGAGAGCUACGACCAGUUCAUGAUGUAUCUGGAUGCGAGGAGGAGGAGCCACCGGGCAAAUGCUAGCUUGGCGGGGAGCGGGAGUAAGAUUGAGAGCGUCAUGGAGUAGAGAAAGAGGUAUGUAAGGUAGAGAGAGGUAGAGAGGGCAGUGGAGUAGGAAAAAGGGCUGUGUAAAUUGUUGUAAAGUAGGUAGAGAGCAUAUUACGGAGUAGGGGCAGGAUACAGGUGCUUUGAAACUUUCUGAUUGUCACAUAGAUUCUUCCGCCCCGAUGGUGGCCUCUUGGCGUCUAUAGAUGUGGAGGGCGUGGCAUGACUAGGUCAAUAUUGUAACAUGAGUCUUUGUAUAUAUCAAAAGAAAGGCGCCGCCACCACAAUUGGGGACCGCUGCAUGGAAUACCU